AUGAAUGCACCCAGUAAACGAACGUGGUAUCGCACCACCAUAUUCAAUGUCUCUGUUGUCGCAGCAUGUGCCUUCAUUGCCCCUGGACUAUGGGCUGCAAUGAAUGGCCUGGGAGGUGCAGGCUCAGCAGAUCCAUACUACGUGAAUGCUGCCAAUGCAGUCAUCUUCUGUCUCCAGGUCGUCGUCUGCAUCUUUGGCAGCUCCCUUAUUGCAAAGAUCGGCAUUAGAUGGGCGUUUGUAUUGGGCAUGGUCGGCUUUCCUAUCUACGCGUCUAGCAUCUACUGUAACGUGAAGGACGGCAAUACCUGGUACAUAAUGCUGGCCUGCGUGAUCGACGGCGUCUCGUCCGGCAUUUUCUGGCUGACUGAGGGCGCCAUCGUGCUGGCAUACCCUGAGAAGCACCGACGAGGCAGAUACAUCGCCUACUGGCUCGCCAGUCGCAUCGUAGGGCAGAUGGUUGGCGGCGCCAUUACUCUCGGGGUCAAUGCUGGCAAUCGAAAGGAAGGCCAUAUCAGUGUGCAAACAUACCUGGUCUUCAUUUCGAUCCAGGCCUUGGGUCCCUUCGUCGCCGCUACUUUGUCCUCUCCUGACCAAGUCCAGCGAUCGGACAGUUCCAAAGUGGUGGUGAAUUUACCCUCGAGUCUCCAGAGUGAGCUUCGUGCCAUGUGGAAACUGCUUGGGCGCACUGAGAUCCUUCUUCUCCUGCCCAUGAUCUUCCAGAGCGUCUUUUCUGAGGCCUUCUUCUCGACAUACAAUGCCACUUACUUUACAGUACGGUCGCGGGCCUUGUCCUCGCUCGUGGCCAGCACUUGUGUGAUUAUUGCCAACUUCCUCUUGGGUUUUUUCCUUGACUGGCGCAGGCUGACGCUGAACACGCGCGCGGUCGCCGCGUUUGUGGUGAUCUACGCCUUUGAGCUGUCCCUGUAUAUCUACGCCAUGGUCGUGAACAAGGAGUAUGAGCGGCGAGAAGAGCGUCCAGUUUUUGACUGGACCGACGACGGAUUCGGCCGCGGUGUCUGCGUUUAUAUUCUGAUGCUCGUGGGCUUCAACCUCAUGUACGACUAUCUGUACUGGCUGAUCGGCACCGUCAACCGCGAUGGCGGCGACAUUGUUCGGCUCAGUGCCGUUGUUCGUGGUGUUGAGAGUGCCGGACAGGCCAUUUCAUAUGGCAUCAAUUCCAUCGACACUUUCUCGCUCUCGGGCGCCGUCGCGGUCAAUCUAUCAUUCUUUGCUGCUUGUAUCAUUCCCUCUGCCUUUGUAGUUUUCCGCGUUGGCAUCAUCGACGGUGUGAAGGUGCACAGCAUUCAGCAGGAUGAGCCGCCGACCAGAGCAGAUGCUGAUGUCCUGGAACACGGGAUGAAAUCCGAUGACUAG